GUAUUAUACAAGCUGUAUGUGUUGUAUCAAUAUUUCAAUUCAUUCAUGCAGCAAAGCCUACAUCCCCUCCCCGCUUCACAAAAAUGUUUUUGAUGUCUGCAGGCUUCAUAUAAAUAGUUGUGUUUGUGCAUGAUAAUGCAGCAGCUGGGGAAUACAUCCAGCUGUAAACACAGAACAGAGUGCUCCCUUUCUCCCCCCUCCUCCCCUUAUUCUCUUUCAUUCUCUCGCUCUCUUUCUCUGUAUAUCCAUCUUUCUAUCUGUCCUCCUGACUGCAGUCUGCAUACAGUGCCACGCUGUUGCUGCUGCUGCUGCUGCUGCUGCUGUGUGAUACGAGCAAGUGGGAGGACCAGCUUUCUCUGUAUUUCUCAGGAAAUGACUAGACAGCUUCCUCGACCUGCUGCAGCAAGGGUGGAUUUGGCUAACAGGCUCCUGCAUUGCACAAUCUUUCCCCUCUAGCUCGGGCAGAUAAAUAAGACAAAAAAGGGCAACGAAAAGGAGAACUGCUGAAGAGAAGGACAGGGAAAAAGGCAUAGUGGUUUUGAGGGGGUGUGGAGGGUGACAGGAUUUUUUUUAUUAAAGAGAAAGAGGAGAGGUUGAAUGGCAGAGGGAGGCAGGGGUACACAGACGAUAGAGUGGGUUACACUGCAGUAGAAUGAGGGUAAGGGAGAAAGAGAGAGCCGAUAAGCAUUCGAGCUGCCAGCCUUUCGAACACCACUCAGGAUCCGUCGCUUUCUGAAGAGGCUAGAAGAGGAAACUAACCGUGGAGGCGAGAAGGAGAAGGAGGAGGGGGGCCGAGGAGGAGGAAGCCAGAGGUUCAACACACAAGAUGGCUGCUGUGUCCUCUGCCUCUGACACUGGGGACCCCAGAGGCCGACAUCCCCCUGAGCGCAGACUCCUGAUCCUGGGGGGGCCACAGUCCGGUAAGACCUCCACCGCCAAUAGCAUCCUGGGAGAUGAAGUCUUCGAUGUUGGGACGGAGACGACUCACAGCAACGUGGGUCAGACGGAGAUCUACGGGCGACGGGUCACCGUGGUGGACACCCCGCCGUGGGCCAUCCCCAGCGAUCCGGUGGAAAACACAGAACCUGACACUGAAGAGGACGCCGGGGCUGAAUCGGAAAACCCGACACGGCCUCCGCAGAGCCUGGACAGCGAGGGGCCCUGCAUGGGGGCGAUCCUCUGCCCUCCUGGACCCCAUGCCAUCCUUCUGGUGGUGUCAGUCACCCAGCCCUUCACGGAGACAGAGAAGAGGGCAGCGGAUGAGCAGCUGGGGGCCCUGGGUGGAGGGACCUGGAGGUACUCCAUGGUGGUCUUUACUGGGGUGGACAAGCUGCCUAAAGGGGUCUUCAUUGAGGAGCACAUAGCCAACACCGGAGAGGCCCUGCAGUGGCUGGUGGAGAGAUGUGGAAGCAGGUAUCACGCCUUUGAUAACACCCGUAAGGAAACAGAAGACAACACGCAGGUUCCCGAGCUGAUGGAAAAGGUUGAGGAGAUGAUCACUGACAACCAAGGCUGGUAUUUUGAGGUGAACGAGUUGAUUUUACUGGAGGAGGAGCAGGCUCGACGAGCUCUGGAGGAGGAGAGGAUGAGGAUGGAGGAGCAUGCGAGGCAGAGGGAUCAGAUGAUCGGAGGACCUCCCAGAGAGUUAAGACUGCUGUUGUUGGGCUGGAAGGGCGUUGGAAAGAGUUCGGUUGGGAACUCCAUCCUGGGCCGUCGGUACUUUGAGUCGGGCCAGGAGACGGAGCUGUGCCUAAGGAGGCAGGCUCUCGUAUCCGGCCGUCGGAUCACAAUCGUCGACACCCCUGGCUGGGACUGGUUCUCGGUGAGGCGAACCCCCAAGCGCAUCAGGCAGGAGUCCCAGCGCGGAGCUGCCCUCCUUCGACCCGGGCCCCACACCCUACUGUUGGUACUUCCCGUCGUAUCGUCCCUCACCGCCAGGAAGAGGCGGACACUCCUGGCCCACAUAGAGACCCUGUUUGGGGACAAUGCGUGCCUCCACACCAUGGUGCUGUUCAGCUGUGGUGAUUGGCUUGGCCGCACGCCCAUUGAGGAGCACAUUCUUAGGGGCGGGCGGGAGCUGCAAAGACUACUUGAAUUCUGCGGGAACUAUUAUCACGUCCUGGACAGUAAGAUUCCUGGCAAGGACAGGAGUGUGUCAGUCCUACUGGAUAAGAUGGAGGAGAUGAUCAGAGAAAACGGGGACAAGGCCUUCCUCCCGAUACAGACCGAGUGGUUGAGUGAGGAGAGCUCUUACUCCUCUGACAACACGGAGCCUGAGGACGACUGUCGAGGAUGCCAGGUGCAGUGAUACAAUCGCACUCAACGGAAAGUGGAAAGUCUCCAACAAGCCCAAACACCACCUCACGUAACUUAAACCUCAUCUAGAUAUCCUCCUCCAAUUCCAAAGAGUUUAAGGGAAAACAAAUGGCUUGGAACGGGGAGUCUCCUCAACAGUAGCUCUUUUAGUUACAAAGACCGAAUUGAUCGCUAAGCUCUACCCGGACUGAAAGUGCAAAAUCACCUCAAACCCAAGAGGAGAAAUAUUCUGCUUCUGCUUCAAGGGACCAGAGCCUGAUCCCUGUCUGCGAGCAUGUCCCCAGAUAUUACCUGCUGCUAAAGAGACCCUGUUUCAUCACUGCUGAGUAAAUAAUUACUCAUUAUCCCAACUAUGUCCUCAGAUUCAACUGAUACAACUAAAUCAAAGCCAAAAGACAAUAUUAUCAUGACCACUAAGAUUUGGCAGUCGGACUAACGUCUGCAGUAAGUUUUACACUCUUUGUUGUUGAAAGAUUAAAAGGGUUUGCAUCUAAAGUCCUAACUCCACAAACAAACCAAUGCAGGUAUGAGCCAUGUUUCACAUUUCCAACACUUCCAGUUAGCGCUCACAAAGGCGAAACCGAACCAAAAGUAAUGUGGUGUUUUCGAAUUGGUCAUACAGUUGCCUUGACAGUCUGAUGUACUCUAUGCUGUGACAGGAAUAUGUGGCUCAAUUUGGUCCAUUUUACUCAUUUAGAGGCUGUGUAGUUAGCUAGCUGGUUUUGCUCAUUUCUCCCUGCUUUCAUGCUUCUCUGGCUGCAGAUAAUGAGCCAACAGGUGGGUGGACUGUGAACCAUUUAUACCAUUUCUUACCAAGUUGAGAUAGCUAGCAAAGCUUUCAAUUUGGUACAUUUUACUAGUUUAAUGGCUGUGUAGUAAGCUAGCUGGUUUUUCUAGUCCACAGAGCUUUCAUGCUAAUCUGGCUACAGAAAACGGGUUGUCUGCUGGGUUGUAAAGGGUCCAUCCGUCAGUUCAUGUGGUUAAAAUCUGACGAUGACGACUGUUUUCUGGAAGUUUAUCAGGUUGUGCUAGCUAGCUAAUUAUGUGUGAUUUGUGGUCAGACAAACAGUAUAUUCAUCAAAUUCAGUGGUACUAAAUGCGCAAAGAGGCUACUUGUUUACCAGUCAUCAGAACAGGAAAUGAAAAGUUUUUUUAACCAGUGAAAUUAUACAUAAAGGUACGCUACCUGUGAUUGGUUCAAAUGGUGAUCAUACCAGAAGUAAACCACAGACCGACCCAAACAAACUGCAUCAAGGUAGUUAACGCUACAUAUAUCACAAUAUAGUUACCCCUUUCUACAUCAAGUGCCAUUAGUGUCAUUCACUUUGAAUUAAAUUGAAUCAAAAACGGUUCAAUGGAGAUGGUUUGCGUGAAAAAGGUCAAAGAAUAUUAGUACGAAAACAUGGCAGAAAAUAAAAAUGUGUCUGUGUUAAAUUUUGAAUAGAAGAAAGUGAUUUACACAUUAGCGACAAUAAAAAAGGUGGUCAUUAACAUUUGAUUAGUUUCUGCUCAGGGAGUCAGGGUUAAAUUGCUUCCUCCAGGGCAAAAUCUGGUACAUUUACAGAAACGCUGAUUAAGGCUGAGUGCAAAACUGCAGACGUAAGUCACAUAUUAAUUCAGAGUGGUGUGUUUUCUCUGAGUAUCUGCUGUAGUUUGUUGGAAGUAAAAGAGAGACCAUGUUUGCACUUCGGUUGUAAUUGGUUCCUUUGGUCCUUGGAAAAAACAAUAUCCCAUCUUAGUAAAUCACUCUGAGCCAACCUCUGCUGUAGCAUUCACGCUGGACACUUACAGGAGAGGCUGAAUGGAAACUGUGUGCAGUCUCAGAUCCCUGCGGAGCAACUUUGGGCUGGCUCUGCUUCACAGUUUUGUGGUCAUCCUGCGUCCAAUGCAUUUAUCGACAAGGCAGAUUCAGCUACGUGCCUCAGCAUCAAAGCGGGAGAGUGGGAGUACUGUGCAGCCCUGCGGCAGGGCAGUAUCCUAUAGGCUUCAUCAAGCUUUCGCAUGCUACAGAAACAACAUAACCUCAUGAACCAUUCGAGCUCACAUAGGGCUUUUACUACCUUUUUCUACACCAGUGAGACAUCUAAAAAAGUGACGUUUUGGAGAAAAAAAUUAAAUAUAUAUACUCAGCUCUCAGUGGCAUGUUCAGAAAACGCAUGCAGAUAAACGAGUGCCUAUAGAGUUGAAGGCAACCUCACUUCUUAUUGCUCUGAUAGAUUGCUAAAUCUAUGUGAAUAUCUGGUGUGUCAUGACAUCCCUCUACAGCAAAAAAAAAAAAAGAUAAAAGUGGACGAAAGAAAAUUCACACUCUGAAAGGUACAAAUAACAGCGUAUAUAAUAUGUGACCGAUACCACUGCCAUGCUGUAAAAUGUUAUUUUCUAAAAAUGGUGUAGUCUACAUAUAUAAAAAAAGAAACCCUGACACUGCUUUCCCUGUGCUUUACUGACUCUGUGCUUCAUCUAGUGAUGUAGGCUACCGCAGCACUUUGUGUGACUAGCAUGACUUUACACUUUGAUAUGAGGAUGUUUAGAAAAGAACAUUCAUUUGGAGUCUUAGAGUCCCACUUCACCUGUGAAUAUAUUGUAUAUGCCGUGUAUAUUUACAGUGUAAAACAUGUUAUGUUGUGCGGCUUUUAGCGAGGCAUUUUACACUGUGUAAGUUCUACCACUUUACUGUGGCCAAGGUGAUGUUACUUCCUGUGUUGUCCUUCCUAAAUGGUGAUUGCAACAUCAGUAUUUUGCUCAUCCUCCGACAAUAAAAGAUAUGGAUAUAUAA